AGAAAAUAUUACUUUAAAAAGUGCAACAAUAAUUUUAUGUGAAAUUAUUACGUGAAAUACUUUGAGUUAUUCUUUUUUGUUUUGUGAAUUUUAUUUGUAUUUUGUAUUUGUAUUCUAAAAAGGGACGAAAAGCAACAAUUUUACAAUGAAUAUAUAUUAUAGUCCCGAUUUAUUGUUUUUGUUAUUUUUUAUAUUGUCCGGAAUAUUAAUUGUUUAUGCAAUAAUUACCGCUUGUUGCUGUCAAUAUGAAGAGGGGACUGUACAUAGAAAUAUAUAUACUGAACGAACACAUAUAUCUGCUUCGAAUCCAAACUUUCGGACUCAACAAGUUCCUGGAUAUUAUGCCACAUCAUCUUUAGGAAUUUAUACAAAUUUACCAGAAACAUACAGCGCAUACACACAAGUGCCAAAUACGCCGCAAGUACAUCAGUCAUAUCCAAAUUAUCAACCUAUAGUUCAUCAAGUUCAAUCUACAGCCGAGCAAAGACCUCCAACAUAUCAAGAAGUUACAAGGACUGCAACAGAGCAUUUACAAAAACAAGCACCAUAUAAUCCUUACAAUCCUUAUUUUUCGUAGGUUUAGGUAGAAUUAUUGUUUGUUUUUCAAUCGAAUAUUUGCCACUU